AUGGACCACAUGAGAGUCAACAUCCUCAAUCUCACGCAUCGUGCCAACAUUAUCAACAGAGAAUAUGAUUACAUUAUUGGGGGCUUUGCAGCUCUCCCUGUCAUGAAAGAGGAUCAUCGUCAGCUUGAUUCUCUUGGUGCAUUUCGAGUGUCGCAUUACAACAAUCUUGGCCCCCAGAAUAACGGCACAUCGACCGUCCUAGUAUAUGAUCGCUUAAGCUAUGCAGAUGCCACCGCAGAAUUCGCCGCCAUUGGCGAGGCUCUCCAACCAUGGAAUUCAAAAGAUUCGAAUAGCUAA